AUGGGCAUGGAUAACAAGCGCGCCGCCGUCCACGACAAGAUUGUGUCUCUGGUGAGCCAAGACCCUGGCCUACCACGCAAGGGCCCAUCCGUUGCAUUCUGGCAAGAGCCCACUCAUGCAAUUUCCAACAUUCAAUCACCACAACUUCCAACAAAAGUUGACAUUGCCAUCGUUGGCUCCGGCAUCACUGGCUGCAGUGUUGCGCGAACUCUCCUGAGCAACCCCAAACUCCGCAAUAAGCGAAUUGCUCUCUUCGAGGCCCGUGCAUUGACGAGCGGGGCCACUGGCCGUAAUGGCGGGCACUUGGUCUCUCCUGCAGCGGUUGACUUUGCGGCAGUUGCAAGCCUUUUUGGAGCAGAGAAGGCCGCAGAGGUGACGCGAUUCUCAUUUCGCAAUCUUGAGAGAUUCCAUGCAUUUGUGUCUACCCUAGACGAGGAUCUCCGAGACGCGUCGGAAGUGCGCAAGGUCCAGAAAGUGAUGAACUUCCUUGAAGCGGCCACUUUUAAUCACUUUAAAGAAUCCCUUCGUCAGUUCUCAGCAGCUUGUCCAGAAUUAGCGGAUCAGUUCAAGAUUCUCUCCGCAGAUGAAGCCAAAGCUAAAUACAAAUUUAACGAAUCCGCUGGGGCUUGCGAGCAACCCGCGGGAGCAGUAUGGCCCUACCGCAUCAUCACCGGGCUUUUCGCCAAGCUAUUGAAAGAAAACUCAUCACGAUUCACAAUCGACACCAAUACGCCCGUGACUGGCGUCACAUACGACGCAGAAAAGCCCAAUUACCGCCAUAAAUUGCAAACUCCCCGCGGAGUGGUCCAUGCCGAUCAAGUAGUUUACUGCACGAACGCAUAUACUUCACACUUGCUUCCACAACUUCGAGGAAAGGUCUUCCCAUUCCGAGGCACUAUGUCGACGCAAUCCAUUUCUCCAAAUCUCCCCAAUCAUGGGGCCCGCCACUCCUGGAGUAUCUACCACGAGCCCAAAUUUGAUCCGGCCACUGGCACAUUCACUUUUGGACUGUACUAUAUGACCCAGAAUGCAAAGACGGGCGAUUUCUUCUUUGGUGGAGAGAAGCAGCGACUAGAAGAAAUCCUCAUCAGCGAUGACACCGUGGUACCUACACUACCUUCACAGAAUUUGACCUCUUUGAUGGAGGGAACAUUCAAGUCUGCAACGGGGGAGCCUAUGAAAACGACCCCACGCCGAAUUUGGUCUGGUAUCAUGGGCUUUACACCUGAUGGAAUGCCCCUUGUGGGUAGACUGGGCAAAAGGUUAACUGGAAGACCAGGUGAUGGUGAAUGGGCGGCUGUUGGCUUCAAUGGUUAUGGAAUGGACAAGUGCUGGCUUGUUGGGGAAUUACUCGGUGCCAUGAUUGCAGGCGAAGAUGUCACAGGUCGCCUCCCUGCUCUUUAUCAGAUCACUGACGAGAGGCUGAACAAGUUUAUGGCACCUAGAGAUGUCCCGGCUAGGCUUUUCCAUCUCUAA